AUUAAAAAAGCCUUCAGUUGAGUUUGUGACCGACUGAAACGUCUUACAAAACUGAGUCUUUGGACCCUGAGUGGAUGCUGAAAAAGAGAUGAAGUUCGGAGAAGAUGCUCAAACGUCUGAAAACUUGGAGCUGGAACACAUCACGCAUACAUACUCGCUGGCUCAGAGCACGUUCAGAGAUAAAAAUUAAGAUAUAGCAUGUGUAGAAACACACCGUGAGAGUUGAACAAAGAACCACCAAAAUGGACGGAGGACACAGACGACUUCUGUGGCUGCUCAGCUUUGCUGCUCUUCUUACAUGUGGCUGGUGCCAGUGCCUGGCAGGCUGGAGGGAGAAUGUGGGCAACUGCUACUUAUUUUCAAAUGAUGAAAAGUCAUGGUUGGAGGCUAAUGCAUAUUGUUUGGCUCAGAAUAGCAACCUGAUGAGCAUUCAGACCAUCGAAGAACGGCUGUGGCUGAGGACACAAAUCCUCUCACAUACUUACUGGAUCGGCCUGAACGACCAAGUCACAGAGGGUGUGUGGCAGUGGAGCGAUGGCAGUCCUUUCAUAGAAUACCUAUCACAAUGGAUGCAUGGCCAGCCUGACAACUGGGGUGAUGGAGAAGACUGUGCUCAAGUGAAUGGAAACAGCCACGGACAAUGGAUGGAUGAAAACUGUGCCGAUAAGAAGAAAUACAUCUGCAAGCAUGUCAACCCUAAUCCUGGUCCACAGUGCGAUCUGACCAACGGAUGGCGACAGUACGGUUCCAACUGCUACAAGGUCAAGGCAGACAUGAGGAAGAGCUGGGCAGCAGCCAGACAUGACUGUGUACAGGAAGGAGGAGACCUGGUGUCCAUUACCUCUGUAGAAGAGGAGCAGUACAUCACAGGACAGAUGGACCAGUCAUGGUUGGACCUCUGGAUUGGGCUUUCCACACUGAAAUGCAACAAGAUUUCAUGUCAAGUUGAAGUGGGGAGCAGCCAGUUCACCUGGACUGAUACUGCCCAGCUCCAGUACACAAACUGGGCUGAGGGUGAACCUACAGUUGAUGCACAGUCGGGCUCAUGUGCUGCAAUUAUCAAAGAUUCAUCUGAUGACUUUGGGAAAUGGCGCUCUCAUCAGUGCAGAUACGAGCGUCCUUACAUGUGUAAACGACCACUGAACACCAUCUGUCCUGCUGGCUGGAUGAGCUUUGCUGGCAGUUGUUAUUGGAUGGUCAGUAACAUCCAUCUUCUGACCACUUGGUACGAUGCCUACACCAGGUGCUCUGAUAUUGGGGCUCACUUGCUCAUCAUAAACAGUCAGGAAGAACAGUUCUUCAUAAAUGGCAAACUUCCAGACUUUCACCAAACUGACAUCCCCGACAUCUGGAUUGGUCUAUCAGAUAAGGACCAGGAUGGAGUUUUCAAAUGGGUGGAUAAAUCCCCUGUUCAAUUUUCUAACUAUGGUCCUGGUUGGCCCAGGAACACGGCAGGUCUCUGGGACUGUGGACAGAUCUUCACAGGAAAUUAUGAAGGCAAGUGGGAAACAACCAACUGCUUCAAGAGCCUGGGUUUCGUUUGUGAGAUGACAGGUGGACAAAAUCCCAAACCAACUCCAAUUCCUGAGUACCACUGCGACCAUGGAUAUUUGCUGUACGGCAACUUCUGUUAUCAUUUUGAGACUGAGGCGAUGAAAAACUGGCACGACGCUGAGGAUCACUGCAAGGGCGAGCAGGGUCACCUGACCAGCUUACACUCACAGGAAGAGCUGAGCUUCCUGACUGCUCACAUGCCAACUGAAGCCUGGGUGGGUUUGAACGACAUCGAUGUAGAAAACAAGUUUGUAAACACCGAUGGAACUCCUGCGAACUUCCUCCCGUGGGGGAACAAUCAGCCCGAUAACUGGCAGAAUAACGAAGACUGUGUGCAGCUGAGAGGGAUGAAUCACCACGAAGCUGGGAAAAUAAAUGAUGAUUUCUGCACCUCCACCAAGGAUUAUAUCUGCAAAAAAGCAAAAGGACAAGGACCUCCUCCCCAGCCCCCAACAUUUGGACCAGGAUGGAAUGAGAAAUGUGGUUCUUGGAUGGCCGACCCUUUUAACGACUACUGCUAUCUGUUUAACUACCUGUCGAUGAGGACGUGGGCAGAGGCUCGCGCUGACUGCGUCAACCAGGGAGGAGAGCUCGCCAGUAUCACUGACCCCUAUGAACAAGCCUUCAUACAGGGUGUGAUCCAGUCGAGCCCCACAGGGAUCACUCUGUGGACGGGCGGUCAUGACUCCAUCACUGAGGGUGGCUGGGAGUGGACAGAUGGCUCUCCUUUCAGAUACAUUCGCUGGGGUGCAGGUAACCCAGAUGACUAUUUUGGUGAAGACUGCCUGUCUAUAUAUAUAAAUGACGGCUACUGGAAUGAUGAUGACUGUGAGUACAAAAGAGGAUACAUCUGCAAGAAGAAAGGAAACACACCUGAGCCUCCUCCCCCUCAUGAUGGUUUCAUGACUGCACUGGUGUGUCAGGGAUCCUCUGCUGUUCUUCACUGUGCACACGAAAGUGUGAUUAACAUUCAGUCUGCCUUCUACGGACGAAGGAGCGACACCAUCUGUCCACACCUGGAAGGAUCUGGAGGAAGCUGCACAGUGGAUGGUGUCCUCCCUUACUACAGAAAAAUGUGUGACAACAGACCUUUCUGCUUCGCGUAUGCCAAUGUGGAGGAGGAUCCUUGUCCAGCUGUUUCCAAAUAUCUGGAGAUCGUCUACAGCUGUGAACAAACAGUGUGUCUGCACGGUCUCGGGGUUGAAGAUGGACUCGUCACAGACUCCCAGCUCUCUGCUUCUUCUUCGCUCGGUGUCUUCACUCCUGACCAAGCGCGUUUGAAAGGAAAUUCCUGCUGGAUGCCUUCAGGAAACCCGACUUCAAGCUGGAUCCAGGUAAACUUGGGCCCAAUCAGAAAGGUAACAGGGAUCGCAAUCCAGGGUUGUCCUCAAAAUGAUUACUGGAUCACCAAAUUCAAGAUCCAGCACAGUAUGGAUGGAACAACCUGGACUGAUUACACAGCCGAUGGUGAAUUUUUCCCCGGUUCAGUAGACAGAGACACUCCUGACACACAACUGCUGGGGACACCUGUGUCAGCCAAGUACGUGCGCAUCCUCCCACUUGAGUUCAGUGGACAGGCUGGCCUUCGCUUUGAUAUUCUGGGAUGCACGCCUGACUAUGCCAUAACAUGCGACGACAAGCCCAACUUCACCUUUUCCACUGAUAAAAUGACCGUCCACUGUCCAGCAGGCUGUGCCAAAACAAAUUACAUUGUGUACGGCACCACUCUAUAUCGUGGGGACUCCAACAUCUGUGCAGCAGCUAUCCACGCUGGCGUGGUACUAAAUGACAUUGGAGGAGACUGUACUUUGUUGAAAGUUGAGGGACAGGACUUUUACGCAGGGUCCACCAGGAAUGGCAUCACCACCAGACAAUUUGAUGGAAACUAUGCUGUAUCAUACACUUUUGCAGAUGGAGAGCUGAGGUGCUCGGGGCCUGACUGGUUUGAGUUUGGAGAGUUCUGCUACAAACCUUUUGGUGACAAAAAAACAUGGCAUGACGCUCGGGAAACCUGCCGGAGUCUGGGCGCUGAUCUCGUGUCCGUCCUCUCCAUGACCGAGCAGAGUUGGCUGGAAAGUUACCUGUUCAUGGCCACCAGUGAUGUGUGGACUGGUCUUAAUGACCUGUUUGUGCCUGGAAUGUUCUUCUGGUCUGAUCAGCACAUGGUGAGCUUCACGUACUGGGCUCCAGGAGAACCCAACAACCACGAUGGCUUCAGUGAAGACUGUGUUGAGAUGUUGCACCAGACCGGCAGAUGGAACGAUGUGUCCUGUGCUGAACUCAAUACCUACAUAUGCAAGAUGCCUAAAGAUCAUUAUCCAGUUCCCUCUGUAGAGCCCACUGUAUAUGGAUGUCCUCAGGGGUGGGAUGCAUACGGCUACUCCUGCUACUGGAUGGAGGAGACGGCCAGGAGCUGGUACGACGCCAAAGCCUUCUGCAAAGAGCAGGAAGGCUUCCUGCUGCACAUCGGAGACAUUUACGAACAGGCCCACUUCACAGUGACGCUGUCAGGAAAGACCGGCCUGUGGUGGCUCGGCCUGCGCGCUCAAGGUGUGGCGGGUGGAGGGGUGGACUACAUCUGGGACAAUAACUCCCCUCUCACCUUCACUCACUGGGACAGAGAUCAGCCAGAUAACGGGGACGGUACUUGUGUGGCUAUGACAACGGGUCAGGUUGGGGGUUUCUGGGACGACAAGCAGUGUUCUGAGAAAUACGCCUUUGUUUGUGAGAAAUUCAGACCCGACAUCAGCCCACCCACUGGCCCCCCCACUCCUCCUCCUGCACAGGGCUGUGCCGAGGGCUGGACGGCUCUGCCUCACUAUAGGAACUGUUACAGGCUCUUCCACAAUGUGGACUGGUCUUUGAAGAAGAGUUGGGGAGCAGCACAUGAGGACUGCGUUGCCAGAGGAGCAGAUCUGGUCAGUGUCCACAGUAAGGCGGAGGAAGAGUUCUUGUCUCUGUACAGCAAAGCCAGCAGCAAGUGGAUUGGCCUCAAGCACAACCCCACAGAAGGAGGUUAUUCCUGGAGUGACGGGACACCUCUGUCCCACACCAACUGGGGUCACGGAGAACCAAACGACCACGAGGGCCGCGAGGAGUGUGUCGAGAUGGUGAGCAGUGACAACGGGACAUACUCCUGGUGGAACGAUCUCAACUGUGACGCUCACCAGGACUGGAUAUGCAUGAUCGCUAAAGGAAAGAAUCCCAUCCUGCCCCCAGUGCCCCCGCCUCCAGUGCCAGCUCCCGACUGUGGAAGUAACCCCGGCUGGAGGAAGAACAACAACAUCUGUUAUUACUACAACGACACCGACGUGGUGGAUUUCCACACAGCGAUGAUUCGCUGCUACACCGAGAAGGCCUCACUCGUCUCCAUCCUCAGCAAAGACGAACAGGCAUAUGUCAACAGCAUGGUGGGGACAGGGGACAUUGCUGCAUCCUGGAUCGGCAUGAGGGUGUUUGGCAUUGCAAGCGCAGAGUACAAAUGGUUGGACCACUCUCCUGUGACAUACACACACUGGGCCUCAGGUGAACCCAACAACGCCAACGGGGAGGAGCAGUGUGUUCAGAUCAACAGACAUCAAGGUGGAUGGAACGACGCCAACUGCGGUCGAGCUGCAGGUUACCUGUGUAAGAAGUUCCCAGGAAACGACCACACCGCUCCUCCACCCACACAGCCGUGGGUGGGAAACUGCCCCACAGGUUGGAUACGCUUCAGGAACAAGUGUUUCACUUUCAAGGGGAAGAAAAAUGAUCUCAAGGCCAACUGGUCUUACGCUCGCAGCUGGUGCAAAGAACAGGGAGCAGAGUUGGCCGUCAUCGAUGACCAGUUAGAGAACGAUUUUGUGUCCAGUUACCUGAGGGACCUGGAGCUGCCCACGUGGAUCGGUCUGUCAGAUCUCUUGGAGGAGAACCAGUACGCCUGGAGUGACGGUGUCAGCCCGGUGAAGUUCACCAACUGGAACGACAAGGAGCCCAACAACGCAGGAGGAACAGAACACUGUGUGGCAAUGAGUCACGGUCCACUGGUGACGGGCAAGUGGAACGAUGACGCCUGUCACAAGGAUCACAGCUUCAUGUGCUCCAUGCAAAAAUCGACCAGCCUCCCUCCACCCCCGACCGCCAGCCCCUGCCCGGCUGAAUACGUCCCCUGGUAUCAGAACUGCUACAAGCUGGUGGAGAAGCCGGAGACCUGGGAGGCGGCACAGGCCUCGUGUCAGCAGGAGGGAGGCAACCUGGCCAGCAUCGACAUGAGCUACGACCAGGCCUUCAUCGCACUUGUGGCGCUUCAGGCCAAAGCCGACACCUGGAUCGGACUCCGACGCAAGGAUGAUGGCUCGUAUUCGUGGACAGACGGCUGGCCGGUGUUUUUCACUCACUGGGGACCGGGAGAGCCCACCAACAUCAAGGACGAGGGCUGCGUGAGCAUGCACUCCACUUCACAUCACUUCUACGGCACCUGGAACGACACCAAGUGUGACCAGGCCAAACCUUACAUCUGCAAGAUCACCUCAGAGCACCCACCGCCGACUCCCGGCCCCGGUGACGGGAAGUGCCUGCCCUUCUGGAUCCCCUAUGGCCACUACUGUUAUCUCGUGUACAAUGAACAGCAGGGCUUCUCCUGGCCGGACUCCCGGCAUUACUGCCAGUCAGCCAGAGGAGAUCUGGCGUCCAUCCACAGCAGAGCGGAGGUGGAGUUCCUCAGGAACCUCAACCAUACUAAACAUCACAACAUCUGGAUCGGACUCACCAGGGACCAUAACUUUGGAUGGGGCUGGACAGAUCUGACGUCUCUGGGCUUCCUUAACUGGGCUCAGGGUGAGCCCAACGCAGCCUUUCACCCCGGCGAAGUGGCCGAGGAGAACUGCGUGGAGAUGUACGCCGACGGACUCUGGAAUGACAACAACUGUCUGCAGAAGAGAGGGUUUGUCUGUCGCCACCGCCAGUACCAUUCAACAGAUGAUGGCGGUAAUCCGAUUUUCCCUACAGAUGGUCCACAUGUCGACAUGGGAGCGGCGAUAGCCGGUGCCGUCAUCACAGCCGUCGUGAUUUUCUCCCUCAUCCUUGGAACGCUGUACUACGUCUUCAGAGUCCGAGGUUUCAAACUCAGCGGCCUGACUCUGCCGACACGAGCAGCCACUACGGUUGACGUGCCUGCUUUCAACAACCCCAACUUUGGAGGAGAAUCGGACACAUAAACCUUCAUUCAGGCUUUGUACAGUUGAUCAAAUAUAACAAAGUUUCAAAGUCUCCAGAGUUUGAAGAUUAAAUUGUAUUGUGUAUAUAUAACUAAAGAAACUUGUCUUGCACUUUC